AGAGGGCGCGGUGUGCACUGGCUUCCGGUUAGAGGAGAGAGACAGAGGAUUCCAGGGUCAGAGAGAAGAGGGACAGCGAUGUUGGCUGUGCGACAGGUUGUGGGUGCGUUGCGUCCUCCCCACUCUCCGGGAGCUGCGGUCCUGCCACUGAGAGCCAUCGCCACCGCCCCCCCUCAGGCCAAGAGCAAGUACGGCCCGUUGAAGGAUGAAGACCGGAUCUUCACCAACCUGUACGGCCGCCAUGAUUGGAGGUUGAAGGGAGCGCUGAGACGCGGAGACUGGUACAAGACGAAGGAGAUCCUGCUGAAGGGAGUGGACUGGAUCCUGGGCGAGGUGAAGACAUCAGGAUUGCGGGGAAGAGGGGGUGCCGGAUUUCCGACAGGAAUGAAGUGGGGCUUCAUGAAUAAACCAUCGGAUGGCAGACCCAAGUACCUGGUGGUGAACGCAGAUGAGGGGGAGCCGGGAACCUGUAAGGACCGGGAGAUCAUGAGGCACGACCCCCACAAGCUGAUCGAAGGCUGUCUGGUGGCUGGCAGGUCGAUGGGCGCCCAGGCAGCCUACAUUUACAUCAGGGGGGAAUUCUACAACGAGGCAUCGAACGUACAGGUCGCCAUUAAGGAGGCGUACGAGGCUGGGCUAAUCGGCAAGAACGCUUGCGGCUCUGGGUACGACUUUGACGUGUAUGUGUUCCGAGGGGCCGGCGCCUACAUCUGUGGGGAGGAGACUGCCCUCAUCGAGUCCCUGGAGGGCAAGCAGGGGAAACCCCGACUGAAGCCCCCCUUCCCUGCUGACGUGGGUGUGUUUGGCUGCCCGACGACGGUUGCUAACGUGGAGACGGUUGCGGUGUCGCCCACCAUUUGUCGACGCGGCGGCGCGUGGUUCCACAGUUUUGGGCGCGAGCGUAACUCGGGAACCAAACUCUUCAACAUCUCCGGCCACGUCAACAACCCCUGCACCGUGGAGGAGGAGAUGUCCAUCCCCCUCAAGGAGCUCAUCGAGAGGCACGCCGGUGGUGUGACCGGAGGCUGGGAUAAUCUCCUGGCCGUCAUUCCCGGCGGAUCAUCCACGCCCCUGAUCCCCAAGUCGGUCUGUGAGGACGUGAUGAUGGACUUUGACGCUCUGAUCGAGGCUCAGACGGCCCUGGGAACAGCCGCUGUUAUCGUCAUGGAUAAAUCUGCUGAUGUGAUACGCUGCAUCGCCCGUCUGAUGGAAUUCUACAAACACGAGAGCUGUGGGCAGUGUACACCGUGUCGGGAAGGGGUGGACUGGAUGAACCAGAUGUUGUGGAGGUUUGUAAAGGGGGACGCCCUGCCCUCUGAGAUCGCGAUGCUCUGGGAGAUUAGUAAACAGAUCGAAGGCCACACCAUCUGUGCUCUCGGGGACGGAGCGGCCUGGCCCGCGCAGGGUUUGAUCCGACAUUUCCGCCCAGAGAUGGAGAAGAGGAUGGUGGAGUUCCAGGCAGCUGGAACGUCGAGAGCUGCUGUGUGAGCCGAGCCUGGAGCGGGACAGGGGGAGAGAGAGGGAGAGUGUGUGUGUGUGUGUGUCUGUGUGUCUGAGUGUGUGUCUCUCUGUCUGUUGGUGUGUGUGUGUGUGUGUGUGUGUGUGUGUGUGUGAGGACCGUAUUUAUCGGCGUGGCACUCUGUAUUGGCUGUCGAUUUUCCCCAACACGGACACAGCAGCGUUUCGGUUCAGGCCGAUGGGUUUUCCUGGUGAUAUUGUGUGGACCCAAUAAACUCCCUGUUUCAGUGUGA